AGUGGUUUCUGAUAUAUAUAAGCAUAAUCACUAACACUUUUUUCAUCUUUGCAGGCAGGGAACUGCACUAGACACAAAACUGGUGGCUUGCAACCUGGUUUGAUUCUCAGGAUGGGGUAUCCACCUUCACUGUGUUUGGCUGCCCUGCUCUUCCUGAACAUAGUCACCACAAAUGGACUCCCCGCAACCACAGUUCAAACCACAAAUUUGAUGGGUACCACCACUGGAAACCGCACAACCACAGUUCAAUCCACAGGGUUAACAGGCACCACACCUGGAAGCCCCACAACCACAGUUCCAUCCACAGUUUUUACAGGCCCCACAACUGGACGACCCACAACUACAGUUCAAUCCACAGGUUUAACAAGCCCCACAACUGGGCGACCCACAACUACAGUUCAAUCCACAGGUUUGACAAGCACCACAACUGGACGCCCCACAACCACAGUUCAAUCCACAGGUUUGACAAGCACCACAUCUGGAAGCCCCACAAGCACAGUUCAAUCCACAGUUUUUACAGGCACCACAACUGGACGCCCCACAACCACAAUUCAAACCACAGGUUUGACGAGCACCACAACUGGGCGACCCACAACUACAGUUCAAUCCACUGGUUUGACAAGCACCACAACUGGACGCCCCACAACCACAGUUCAAUCCACAGGUUUGACAAGCACCACAUCUGGAAGCCCCACAAGCACAGUUCAAUCCACAGUUUUUACAGGCACCACAACUGGACGCCCCACAACCACAGUUCAAACCACAGGUUUGACGAGCACCACAACUGGACGCCCCACAACUACAGUUCAAUCCACAGGUUUGACAAGCCCGACAACUGGAAGCCCCACAACCACAGUUCAAUCCACAGUUUUUACAGACACCACAACUGGACGCCCCACAACUACAGAUCAAUCUACAGUUUUUACAGCCUGUUCAGCUUUGAACUGCACUGCCAGAGAAGAGUGCAAGGCGAGAAGUGGAAUUUAUGGCUGUGCCUGUGCGAACAACAAUCCAAGAUUUAAUGCUGCCACUUUUGAUGCCUACAACUACUGUAACAGCAGUUCUGGGGUGCUGUCACUCUCUCGCUGUGAGCUCUUCGAGGCUGGAUUUCCUUCAGACUUCCUUCACCUCAAUGAUCCUAGUUGUGGAGGGGAUAUCCAGGAUGACAGAGUGGUGUUCACUUUCGACAACAGGUUUAGGAUCUGUGGCACAACAAUGAAGAGUAACGCAACACACUUAAUCUACGAGAACACUGUUCGGAUGGCAGAAGGUGUUUAUUCAGGUAGUGUGAUCAGUCGUGACAGCUGGCUGGACGUGAAAUUCUCCUGUGUGUAUCCACUCAUCCAGAGCAUCUCUAUGUCCAUGUCUAUUUACUCCAAGGAAAGUGUUGUGUCCAAAAUACUGCCAGGUACUGAGAGCGCAUAUCAGCUCCGUCUGGUGACCUACCCCAAUUCUUCAUUCAUUACUCCCUAUUCCGGAAAUAUUACGAUUGAAGUAAACCAGCAGGUCUUCAUAGCUGUGGAGGCUGAUGGAAUUGACAGUUCACAGUUUGCUACUGUGCUGGACAGCUGCUGGGCCACUCCCUACAACGACAUCAACUAUCCUGUUCGCUGGGAUCUGAUCAUUAAUGAGUGUCCCAACGAGAAAGAUGGCACAGUGGAGGUGCUGCAGAAUGGAAUCUGGACAGCCAGUCACUUCUCUUUCAGGAUGUUCACCUUCACUAACCUAUCUAACAGCAUCUUCCUGCACUGUCAGGUGCACCUGUGCCCGCGUAUGAGUGGUCAGUGCUCUCAGCCAUGUAAUAAAAAUGAUGACGAUGAUAAAUUCAGAGGAAGACGUCGCAGAUCUGUGGACUUCCACGACAAAGCUUCUAUCAGCAUGAGCUUCUAACUCUCUGGCCCUUUGAAACCUCUGUUUGUGUAACAUGGCCUAGCCUGUUUAUUCUGUAUGUAAUUAAAGUGCUGUAUUUACUAAUGAACACAACUAUACAAUAUUUUUCAUGAUUAAGCUACAGGUGCAGAUUAGUUUUUACAGAUUAGGCGAACAAUGAAAAACAUUUAGAUUGAUUAUUGAUUAUAUUUUCACUUAUUUUCUUCUUUAGUAAAAAUAAAUCUUCUUAAGCACUUUA